CAUCAUAUAUCGUGCAUGCAGAUCAAAGGCAUCUGAUCCAUUCAGAAGGCAUAAAUAGGGGUGAGAAUUGCAAACUUUUAGUCAGUUUAUUCGCAGCACUCGUGUUCGCAGCAUUCAAACAUAAACCUGAGAAACAUUUUGAAACAGUUGGAUCAUUUACACUGUUGUUUUAUUAAGAUUCCAACAUGUCUCAGAGAAAACACCGCAAAAAACAACAAGCUUACACUGGCCCUCUGCUCGAGGGUCCAUCCAUCCAAAGGGCAUUAGAUGAAAGUAGGCAGGAAAACCAAAAUCUAGACAACAUGAUUAAACAAACCCAAGCAGAGAAAAUUCAGCUUGUAGAGAAGUGCAGACACAUGGAGGCCCUAAAUAACCAGUUGGAAGAAAGGCAUAAUGAAUUUGUCAAGAACCAACGAGAAAAAGAAAAUGAAAAUAAUCGAAGGCAGCCCAAUGUGGAUAAUAUAAAUGAGGGCUGGAAAAUAAUGUUUAAUCAAGCACAGGAGCAGAUUUUAAACCUGAUGACAAAAAACAAACACAACUGUGCUGAAUUAAGACAAAUGUCCCACCUGCUUGAAGAAAAAGAAGAUAUUAAUCAGGAGCUCUAUGGGAAUCUCCAAGACACUGAGAAAAAGAACCAAGAGAUGGAAGUAAAACUUGAUGAAGCCCAGGAAAGAAAUGAAGAGUUGCUUCAAGAGAAGAAACAACAGGGAAGAAAGGAGAAAAAAAUGGAAUGUAAACUUCAGAACAUGAAGAAACAAAAUAAAGUCUUGCAAGUAAAGCUUAAUGAAGCACUGCACAGAAAUGCAGAAAUGUUUCACAAUGAAAGUCUCAUAAACCAGCAAGACGAAGAAAAUAAAAAUACACAAAACCUGCCGAAUGUAGAUAUUGUAAAUAAGGGCUGGGAAAUAAUCUUUAUUGAAGAUCCGCAGCAUAUUGUAAGCCUGAUGACAACAAACAACCAGAACUGCGACCAGUUAAGAAAAAUGUCCUACCAACUUCAACAAACAGAAGCUAUUAAUCAGGAGCUCUAUGGGAAUCUCAAAGACACUGAGAACAAGAAUCUGCAGCUUCAAGUAAAACUUGAUGAAGCCCUGGAGAAAAACAAAGAGUUUCUUCAGGAGAAACAGCAACAGGAAAAAAUGCACAAAAAGACACAACUUAUUCUCCAAGACUUAGAAAGGAAAAAUCUACAACUACACGCAUGUUAUAAUGAAAUGAAGGAGAAAAUCAUGGAACUAGAAGGAGAAAGGGAAAAACUGAUAAAACAAUGCUCAGGCAUGCAGUACAUUUUCAAUGCAAUGCUGAGAAAGAACACAGUGCUUGAGGAACUUAAUAACAACUUAAAAUACAAAAAUGAUGAAAUCCUGAGAAAGAACACAGUGCUCGAGGGACAGAAUAAGAACUUAAACUACAAAUACAGUGAAAUCCUAAAAAAGAGCACAGUGCUCGAGGAACUUAAUAACAUCUUAAAAUACAAAAACAAGAAAAUGCUCAGGAAAAACACGGAACUCGAGGAAAUUAAUAAGAACUUAAAAUACAAAAACAAUGAAAUGCUGAGAAAGAGCACAGUGCUCGAGGAACUUCAUAACAACUUAAAAUACAAAAACAAGAAAAUGCUCAAGGAAAACACAGAGCUUGAGGAAAUUAAUAAGAACUUAAAAUGCAGAAACAAGGAAAUGCUCAGGAAAAACACAGAGCUCGAGAAACUUAAUAACAACUUAAAAUGCAGAAACAAUGAAAUGCUGAAAAAGAACACAGAGCUCGAGACACUUAAUAAGAACUUAAAAUGCAAAAAAAAUGAAAUGCUCAGGAAAAACAGAACUUAAUAACAACUUGAUGUCCAAAGACAAUGAAAUGCAGGUGCAAGAGCAAGAACUGGAGAAAGCACGUAAUGACCUGCACUUUACGCUUGAGGAAAUCCAGAGCAGAAAUCGACAAAGUAUAACACCGGAAUACAGAUAUUUACGCUAAUACAGGAGGCAAAAUCUAAAGAUCUGAAAGAAAAGAGUGAAGAAGAACAAGCAAAAUUACAAGAACAAGAGGAAAAAUGCAAGAAACUUGAGGAGGAAAAUGCAGUGACAAUAGAAGAACUGAAAACCCCCAUCCUGCAGAAAAAAGAGCUCCAGGAACAGUGCCUGAAAAAGAAGGAAAAACACUUCCGCUUUUUCAGGAGGAGGAGGGGCCCGUCUGCUUCCUCACUUGAUUACAUGAAGGCAUAGCCUCCUCUUCAUCCACCUCUUUUCUACCUCCCUUCUCUCCCUUUCUCCUCUACCAACUCUCCAUCACUCCCUGUUUUUUCUUUCUCCCCUCUCCUCUUCAUCCUUUUUCUUUUCUUUUCUUUUUCCCCCCCUACCCCCCAACUAGUCAUGGCAGAUGACCCUCACUGAGCCUGGUUCUGCAAUAGGUUUCUUCCUUUUAAAAGGAAGUUUUUCCUAACCACAGUCGCCUAGUGCAUGCUCAGAGGGGAUUGUUGGGGUUUUCUCUCCUCUGUCUCUUUCCUCCUUUAUAUCCCUUUAUUUUCAUCUCUUCUCCCUUUCUCUCCUACCACCUCUCCAUUUUUUUCUUUCUCCCCUGCCUUCUUCAUCCUUUUUCUUUUCUUUUUUCACCCUGUGGAGGUAAGCAUCGACGACACAGAGCUCUCAGUUCUCACUCCUUCUUUAUUCGUCUCCAACAUCAACUGCACAUAUCGCGCCACAAAACACAGGAACACACUUCCUCAACACUGGGUGUGAGUGGAGCCCUCUAGUGGUCCACCACAACCCUCACUUAACUUUUCUUAACUAACAAUAAAGGAAAAAUUGGACGGUGGGACGGUCCAUACCAAGUGCUUCUGACCACUCCAACUGCCUGCAAAAUAGCGGAGAGUCCCUCCUGGAUACAUCAGAACCACUGCAAAAAAGUUGAGGUCCCCGAGGAUUCCACUUCCUUCACAGAAAUCAGCUAGUAAAGGAAAGUCUCACCCUCACUUGGUUGCUUCAGUGGUGAGGGGGAAGUGCUGAUUGGGCGCCCGUAGGGAAUUGCUCGCACUUCAACCUCCAGCCGCUGAUCAACUCUAGGGCAGCCAAGUGACACGGUGUGACAUACCUGUGUGCAACCAUGGGAAGGUGGACCCUCUUGGUUACCUUGACUACGACGCUCACCCUUACAGGACCCCAGCU